AUGUCUUCGCCGACUUCAGUAAACACCACGGACGUUGGCGGGAGAGUAUACAAACGUCGACCUGGCGCUUGCGAGACUUGCAAAGUACGAAAGCGAAAAUGCGAUGGUGGCAGGCCGAGCUGUGAUAAGUGCCUCUCAUCCGCCUCCUUCUGCUUCUAUGUCACACCGAAGAAGAGAGGAAGAUCCAGCCAAAACAGUAGGGAGAUCCAAACAGACUGCGUUGAUUGCCAUACAGCAACUAAGCACAACCUCUCAGGCUUGAACGCAACAACCAGACAAAGUGCUUCAUUCGAAGACUUCAGCUAUGCGUCACAGCAGUCUACAUCACCCCCAUCACCAACAGACCACUUACGAUACUUUGGGCCAUCAUCAACUCAGUCGUCACUCUCUGGAGUGAACAGACUCUUGGAUCUUGGGCAAUUCCCGACCGCUAUGACAACUGAAUCCCUCGAAGAACACUGGGGACCGUUGUCAAGUGGUCUAUUGAACUCGCCUGAAGCUCUAGGAACACAAAGCACGGAGAUCAUCGCCAGUCCAGUCUCUUCGGCAUUGGAGUAUUGUUGGAGCACACAACUUUUGUCCAAUGGACAUAGCGUUUCUGGUCCACAGGAUUUUGACGGUCUGAUAACAGCCGGCUGGAAUCUUUCAAAUCUGCAGACAGCCAACGACGAGAGCACUGUCGACCAUCCUGUUCGUGGUAUGACUACGUUUCAUGAUUUUGGAACACCUGAGCUUAGCUGA